GAAACGAAGGAGCGGCGAAUUCCUGUACCUCUAUCACUCACAAAGCAACAAAUCCGGCUUUCAUUCAACGCACAGCGCAGCGUCCAUCUCCCCAUUUAAAUCAAACUGAACUCCAUCCCUUUCGGUACCCCCGAUUUGCCAAGUACCACCACAGCAAACAAGUCUCAACAUUACUUUUUUUCUUCUCGCCCCUUUCGAAUCUUCUCUCCCGAUCGCGACACAGAAAGUCCAAUCCACUCCACCUGGGAAUUUGAGUAACAGAUCAGGCGCCCUUCUUCAACCACAUCGUCGCCAAGAUGGCGUGGUCAAAGACGACGCGCAUCCAAGUGAUGCUGGCGAUCGAUGUCAUGUUCUUCCUCCUGGAAUUGUCCGUCGGUCUCGCUGUCGGAUCACUUGCACUCUUGGCGGACUCAUUUCACAUGCUAAACGAUAUCAUUUCUCUACUUGUCGGAUUGUGGGCCCUUUCUUUGACCAAGCGGGCGACAACAGAUCAGUUCUCCUACGGUUGGUUACGUGCGGAAAUUCUCGGUGCCUUCUUCAACGCGGUAUUCCUGAUUGCGCUUUGCGUAUCCAUCGUUCUUGAAGCCCUCGGCCGAUUCAUCAACCCUCCCACGAUCGACAACCCGAAACUGAUUCUGAUUGUUGGGUCGCUUGGUCUUGCCUCGAACCUCGUUGGCUUCGUCGUUCUCGGCGGACACGGCCACUCCCAUGGACCUGGCGGACACGACCACGGCCACGACGAACAUACGCAUGGCCAUGCGGACGCCCACGAGCACAACCAUGGAUAUGAGAACAGCGCGGUCGCCGAGGAAGGCCGCGCGGGGGCAGCGAGCGAUGCGCAUAGUCACCAGACGGGUAGAGCCCGGAAGUCGAGCAACGCCAGACACGCCCGCUUCACGAGCAUCGAAGACAUGCAAAUUUAUCCGGCUAGCUUCAGGCAAGAGAUCAUUGAGGCGAGCAGGUCCCAGCCGGAGGAAUCUAGCAGUGAGAAUAGUUCCGACAACGAAAACGGCGGACAUGAGGACACCAACACCGAAAACACCCCGCUGAUUGGAGGAUCGAAUGGACACAAUCACCAACAUUAUGGCGCACACUCAUUUUCGUCAAAGAAGGGGCGACGGAAUUCGAACGUUCAUCGCGAGCACAACCACACCAAGCCGAAGAAGGCAAGCAAGGGCGGACACGGACACAGCCAUGCUGAUAUGGGCAUGAAUGCAAUGGUUCUUCACGUCAUUGGAGAUGCGUUGGGUAACGUCGGUGUCAUAGCCACGGCCCUGAUUAUCUGGCUCACCAACUGGCCGGGACGCUUCUAUGCUGACCCUGCCGUCUCGCUCUUCAUCACCGUCAUCAUCCUCCGCUCAGCCAUCCCACUCACUCUUGCGGCUUCCAAAAUCCUGCUCCAGGCGACGCCCGAGCACAUCGACCUCAAGCAAAUCCGGGAAGAUAUCCAAGAUCUGGAGGGUGUAGUCAGUUGCCACCACGUCCACGUCUGGCAGCUCGACGACACGAGCCUCGUUGCCUCGCUGCACAUCCAAGUGGACUUCCCAAUUUCCGCGGCCGGCGGUGACAAGUACAUGGAGCUCUCCAGGCAGGUCCGGCAGUGUCUGCACGAAUAUGGAAUCCACAGCGCUACGAUCCAGCCCGAGUUCUGCCUCGACAUGACACACAACCACACUGAGGAGGCCGCGACUUCGCCCCGCCCGGACGACUCGUCGUCUUCACUUCCUGGAUGCGGCAAGGCGGAUGGGAAGUGCCUGCUUGCCUGCGUGGAGGAUUGCUCGGGCCGGGGCUGCUGCGUCGUGCCGGGCGUGUCGAGGCCGGAGAGCGCCCAUUCUCAUGACGGGGAUGGCCAUCAUCACCACUAGGCCUGGCUGGAAUGGUAGUUUCAUGAUUA